AUGAGCAAAAGAAAAAUAAUGUUCCAUAGUGCUACCAUCCAUAUAGUUAAACAAACUACCUUUGACACUAACAGUGCAGCGAAUGUGAAGAAAAAAAAAGUCCCACCAAUAUUAAAAUUUUCAACUGAUAGUAGUUCCAUUACAACAAACUUAUCAAACACAUCAACAAUGGUUCGUUACGCUGCCACCCCAUCCAACCCAGCUAAAUCAGCAUCUGCUCGUGGAUCUUACUUGAGAGUUUCAUUCAAGAACACCAGAGAAACCGCACAAGCCAUCAACGGUUGGAAAUUGACCAGAGCUCAACAAUACUUGGACCAAGUCUUGGACCACCAAAGAGCUAUUCCAUUUAGAAGAUUCAACCACUCUAUUGGUAGAACCGGUCAAGGUAAAGAAUUUGGUGUUACUAAAGCUAGAUGGCCAGCUAAAUCCGUUAACUUCAUCAAGGACUUGUUGAGAAACGCUCAAGCCAACGCUGAAGCUAAGGGAUUAGACACUGAAAAAUUGACCAUUUCCCAUAUCCAAGUCAACCAAGCCCCAAAACAAAGAAGAAGAACAUACAGAGCUCAUGGUAGAAUAAACGCUUACCAAUCAAGUCCUUCCCACAUUGAAUUGACCUUGACUGAAGAAGAUGAUGUUGUUGAAAAAGCCACCGACAAGAAGGUUGUCAGAUUAAAUGCUAGACAAAGAGGAAGAUUGGCUUCACAAAGAAGAUUGACUGCUUCAGCUUAA